GCAAGUGCGAUGCUUACAAAAUGACGAAUUGACGGGGGAAAUACCAAACACGUAAAGUUUUCCGGGAAACUUAAAUUUGUGAGGAAGAUCGAAUUUCCUGUUUUUCAAAGAGGCCUAUAAAACUCCUUUUACCAGCAGUACUUGAACAGAUUCAGUCGAACCUUAGUGAGGACAUAACUGCGUAUUCGUUAUGGCAGAGGGCAUGCCUUAUUUUGAUCUGAAAUCUCAGCGAACUCCUGUGGAAAGCUGUGAAGAGAGUUUAGAGGAUAUCGAGAAACAAGCGUGCUUGCUUUUCGAGGAAUUUUUAAGACUGCCUCACUCAUCAAAUACCAAGUCAAUGCUUAAAAAAUCAUCCAAAGAAGCAGCGGAUUCUCCGAUCAUCCAAGAGGAAACGGGCCAUUACAAUUACAAACAGUCUCGAGGUCCUUGUGAAUGUGAUGAAGCAGAUGAAGAUGACUUAGUAACAGACAGUGAAGGUGCUGAAAAAAGUUCCAGCAAUGUAGUUUUACCUCAACCUGAGCCUGUUCCAACUCAAAACCCUGAACUGACAAGACUUGCACAUCAGAUGCAACAAGCUGGUGAUGCACUUUAUCAACAAUAUGGUGAUCGUGUUGAUGGAGUUCAGACACACUUGGUUUCAUAUGUCUUGAGUAAUGCUGGUGAUCUAACUUACGACAGACUUAGUAGAGAAAUUGAUAACAUGAUUGGUAGAGACAGGAACUGGACCAACUUAAUAUUUGCAUAUUAUGUGGGCAAAAAAGUGUGCUUACUUACAUCUGAUACUUGUAGUACAGUGAAGAGCUAUUUUGAGCAAUAUUUGGGUCGUUCAUUCCGCCGUCCCAUGCAACAGGCUGGUGGAAUUGCCCCAUUUGUGAAUUCAAAAGGCCACUAAGUGGGGCAGUCAAUCAGCAAAUGGAGCAUGUGGGUGAAGAGGAGUCUCGACCUGAUAGUCAAAGCUACUCUACCAAGCAAGAGAUCACUUGCUUGGAAACGUAAUCUGUCCACAAAUGAAAUGUACAGUGAGAAUGUGAACUCUGUUGCUCACUUAAUUUUUUUUUUUUUAGUUGAAGUGUUAAGUCAGAGUUGAUUUUCUCUUUGCUGAAUGAUAUUUACUUGUUUCAAAUUAAAGUACAUUAUCUUAAACAGUAGCUCAUAGCUUUUGAAUUCAACAAUAGCUCAGCUGGAUUCCAGAGAGGUAAACUUAGGAGAUGUUGUUGGAGGUGGUGAAAUGAUGACAUCUAGGAUGCAUUUUUAGCCAUUAGUCCGUGAGGAUCCACUGUUUAUUUGGUGAAAUUUAUUUAGCUGAAUAUCUGGCAAUGUCAUUAGUGCCAUAGCAUCCCGCAGGAGGAUCACACAUUUUUCUAUCUGGGACUUUAACUCGUACAUUGCUAUUUUUUGCAAGAGCUUUUGAGAUAAAGUUGCUGGAGAACAUCACAAAUUUGUAUUUUAUUGUCUAAUCAAAACAAAGGUAUUGUCUAGUUU